AUAUUAUCGGGUUUGGAAAAACCGACCCAGAAGAAGAACCGUAGUAGUGAACGGUGAAAGCUUUACCUUUUCCGGAAACCAGUUUGCAACUGAAUUGUCGAAAGCACAGAUUAGUAUCUGAACUAUGGAAUUGAGUUUUGAUGAGAAUGAUUUCUUGUCAUGCUGUGGAAGCACCCAAUUCGCCAAACUCAUGGCUUCAUUCUCUCCUUUCUCUUCCCACCACCAUGCCGUUUCUAUUGCCAGAGACAUUUGGUUUAACAACGUUCAUGUCAAUGCUUGGUUACAAGCUUUCUCCGCUCACCCUUCUAUUGGUCAAACUCGUUCUCCUUCUCAUGCUUCUCAAACCAGUGCUCAGUGGAGUAAGGGAGAACAAUCAACUGCUUUAGCUACUGCUACUGGUUCUAGUUUACAGGAACUAGCUGAAUGGAAUGCUCGGUAUAUGCAAAAGUUUGGGUUUGUAUUUCUCAUAUGUGCAUCUGGGAGAAGCACUGAUGAGAUACUUGCUGAACUGAAGAGACGUUACACAAACAGGCCAAUUGUUGAAUUUGAGAUUGCAGCUGAGGAACAAAUGAAAAUUACGGAACUGCGCCUCGCAAAGCUCUUUUCAAGUAGAGAAAACAUAUCUUCUACAACUGAUAAAUGUUCCACCAUUGUCGCCAAAAAGGCAGAAGAAGAUCGUAUAAGCAUUAUUGGUGGUCAUGUUAACGCUGCUUCGGAGAAUUUAUCAGGAAAAUCAACCCAAAAUCCAUCCAGAACCCGCCCACCUAUCACCACUCAUGUGUUGGAUGUUUCGCGGGGUUGUCCAGCUUCCGGUAUCGAGGUACUUUUGGAGGUGUGGAAGGGAAAUAAAGCUCGUCCGACAUUUGGGGCUGCAGAUAGUGGCAGUUGGGUGGUUCAAGGGUCUUCAACAACCAAUUUAGACGGCCGAAGCGGUCAACUGUUGAACAUAGUUGAUGAUGUGAAUCCAGGGAUAUACAGGAUAAGUUUCAACACAGGGAAGUAUAAUCCAAGUGGUUUCUUUCCAUAUGUGUCUAUUGUGUUUGAAAUCUUGGAGUCACAGAAAAAGGAGCAUUUUCAUGUUCCUCUGCUGUUUUCGCCAUUUUCAUUCAGCACUUACCGCGGAAGCUAGAAGACAUAUGAGUGAGAACUGUUGCACUAUCAAUGCAUAAUGUGUUCCUUAUGUGCUAUGAAUAUUUGCAAGUUUUCAUGAAGUGAACUUUGUGUUUGUGCCCAUUGAACAUUGGAAGGAUACCAAAUAUGAAAAGAUAAUAAGUGUAUCAAUGUUGUUUUUCUUGAUGUAUGAUAUCAGUACUAUAGGAUAAUAAUUGAGUCUUGCAAUGUUUUUUAAAUAAUUGUAUUUAUAAACUCUGUAGCACUGACACCUCUUAUCAAAGUCAUGUCACACGGAUAUCAUAUCAGCAUUUUGAUUACAUUCAA